AUCGCGAGAUUGUAUUUCCCGUCAGGAGAAAUAUUAUGAUCGGUGAUGUCCGGAAAUGUUAUGUUGAUAGUUCGCUUCCUUUUCAGUCGCAUCUAAAACGCUGAAUUGACAGUUUGGAGAGAUAUUUAUCGGAAAGCGACAGUUAGAAAGUGAGUAAAACCUGUGACUUUAUUGCACUCUGGUGAAAUUGUGCAGCUCGACAGAAACACAGCUUCGUAUGGAAUAAGAGCUGAACACAGAAGGGAACUGAAGGGGUUGUGGCUUCAGAAUGCCUCUGUUCUACAGAAAGAAGAAGCCGAGUGAGGAGUCCAAGAAACGCCUGGAGUAUCAGCUGUGCCUGUCUAAAGAAGCCGGUGCGGAUGACAUCCUGGACAUUUCAAACUGUGAGCUUUCAGAGGUACCGUCCAGCGUCUUCUCCAUCUGCAAAGUGCUCCAGAAAAAGGUGCUCAUCCUCUGUGGAAAUGAGCUCAAGUCACUGGUUCCCAAAAGCUGUGCCAUAAGUGCUCUAGGAACGAUAAAGGUGUUGGACCUGCAUGAAAACAAGCUCGGUUCACUCCCAGAUGAUCUUGGACAACUGUCUUUCCUGCAGGUGUUAAAUGUAGAAAAUAACCAAAUCAAGGCACUUCCAGAGUCUAUAGGGGAUCUCAGGAAUCUACAGACACUUAACAUGAAAGGGAACUGCCUCCGUGAGCUGCCCUCAUCUGUGGGACGCAUGGGCAGUCUGCGCACACUGGACCUGAGUGAGAACAGCAUCAGAGAGCUGCCCAAAGAGCUGGCCAAUGUUCGGACUCUGGAGAGCUUGACUCUUGACGCGUGCGUGAUGAGCUACCCGUCUUCCUCAGUCUGCACAGCAGGCACCGAGGAAAUCCAGCGCUUUCUCUGCUCAGAGCUGGGGCUGGAGUACUGUCCUCCCUCACAGUACCUGCUGCCCGUGUUGGAAAACGAGAGCAGUAAGCCGAGCCUGGACUGUGUGGAUGGGGAGGAUCUAGCCUGGCAGAGCAAAUUUAUGGACUAUGAGAAGAGAAAGGAGCAGAAGCAGCUGGAGAAGCUGAACUUUGAGAAAGAGCUGGAAGAGAAACAGAGAGAGCAAGCACAGCUGCUUCUUCUCAACAACUCCCGCAAAGAGGGCAUGCUGCUGUCUGUCAAGCUGGAGCAGGAGCGUGUAGAGCAGGGCGUCAGUCACCAGCAAAAAGUCCACGAGGCUGAGAGACAGAAGCUGCUGGAGAAAGUUCGUCGGGCUGAAGCUAGCAUCUCCACCCGUAUCUCCAACCUGCUGCUGGACAACAAACGCCAAGCAAAAAGUGCUGAAUUUCUGCAGGCGCUAGAGGAAGAUCGAAUCCGUAUGGAGCAUCUUACUGCCAUCACACAGGAAGAAGCCAGCUCUCUGAGAAAGAGAGAUGUUGCAGUUGCAAUGCAGACCAUGUUAUCGGAGAGCUACUCCGUGAGGUUACUGCAGGAGGCCAGUGAGACCAGGAGACAGAAUAUGGUGUCCGAAGCCUGCAGGAGUAUGGAGACCUUGGACAGGAAGUUUGAGCAGGUUUUGGCCCUGCAGCAGCUUGAUAAAAGCAAAGCCAUCAGCCAGAUCCUUCAGGAGGAGGAGAUGCAGAAGGCAGCCUUUGCAGCCUUGCAGCUCCAAAGGGACAGUGUACAUGGCUACAUUCGCAACCAGAUAAGGCUAAUUGAGGCAGAGUUAAUGCAGCUGACAAAGCUGGAGGUUAAAAGGAGGAAUCUGGAUGCAGAAACCUUGCAGGAGGCAUUGGCAGAGCAGAGGACAGCUCUGUCUGAUAUGCUCCAGCAGCUGCUGAAGCAGAAGGACCAGAGAGAGAUGGAACUCAAACAUGUUUUGAUGGAGAUAGAGCUGAAGAGUGACUCCACUCAGCAAAACUACUGGAUGAUCCAGUAUCAAAGACUGCUGGAUGCCAAGCCACUGUCUCUGCGCAUGCAGGAAGCUGGCGUGGAUAAGGACCUGGUGAACUUGCUGUGUAAGCUGUCUGCUCAGCAUUACCUGCCAAUCAUAGCACAUCAUCGAAUCACAGCAGAGGCUCUGCGUCACAUGACCACCAAAGACCUCGGCAAGUUGGGGAUCACUGAAGUGGGAGUACAGAAACCUCUCCUGCACUGGGCCAGAGAACAACCUUAUUCUCCGAAGAAUUCUCCUAAGAAGUUCCGGGAGGAACAAGAACCUGGUCCAUCCACACCCAUCGCUCCCGUGCAGCAGCAGCAGCUGACCCCGCCUCUGACCCCUAGCACUCCCCUGACCCCUACAGCCCCCAGCCCACUGGACACACCCGGCACAAAUGAGUGCGUGGUGUGUAUGGAGGACAGGUCCCUGGUGGUCUUCUUGCCCUGUGGUCAUAUAUGUUGCUGCCAGGUCUGCAGUGAUGCUCUGCACUCAUGCCCGCUGUGCCGCAGUGACAUCUCUCAGCGCAUCCGCCUUUACCAUGGCUGAACCCGUCCAGGACCUGGUCUGACCACUUUCACAUGCUUUGAAAAUUCCUGCAACUCGGAUUACUCCCUUUCAUCAUGCAUGAAGUCCUAGGCCAUGAUUCCUGUCAGUAAACCAGGAUAAAUCAGGAGUGUUUCAAGUGGAGAAAGGAGGCUCGCUACUAGAUAACACGCCAUUUAACUUAUGCAUUUCACUUAGUGAGAAACAAAGGUUCAAAGAUUUCAGUCUCUUGAACUUCAGCAGAUAAUAAACCGCUCUGGUUGUAAUGUUAUAUAUUUGCACUAUUUAAAUACUCGUGCCUUUUUGUGUCUGGUGUGUGCUUUCCCCAAAUCUCGACUGUUACUGCAUAAAGUUAAUCUGCAUGAUCUUAACUACAUCAGUUACUAAACUACUUUUUUCAUAUUGGUCAUGCUUGUGACUUAUGACUUAAAGCCCCUGUCAACAACUUUCCAGGAUUAGCUUCUUAUGGUUAGCUAUACCGUAGCUUAUGUACUGAAUGACUACGAAAGAAAGAAAGAGGUUUUAGGAGAUGUCUGAAUUUCUUUUUUUUUUUUUUUUCUCUCCAGUUUUCUUCUGAGCAGUUAGAGUUAGGUGGGACAAUAUUUAUUAGAGGUAAUGUCAAGUCUACCAACAUACCAAUCAAAACUAGCCAUCUGCUAACUCCAGCUCCACUUUCACCCCAAAAGUUACUAAAGCGGCGACUCCUUUCCUGCUUGCACCUGAGCAUAAGCAAAACUGCAGCUAGUAGCAUUUUUGCCAUUUUAUACACUUUUUUUUAAGUGUAGAAGCUUUGUGUGAGAUAAUGGUGAGUAAUUCUACCUCUCCUGUUUUAGCCGUUUAAAGGAAUGAGAAUUAGCAGAGUGGCUUCACUGCGAUUUGAGGUACUCCUGGUACACCUAGUGCUGUAAAAAGGCAGUGUUUUUGCUUAAUCCUCGGUACUUGCAUGGGAACACAUUGAAAAGCCAAGAUUACGAUUACAGAAAAUGUUCUUUGUGUUUGUCUGAUGGAAUCUCACAAAGUUACAAACGGACAUUUGGAGGCGAAUCUGCGCUUGCUGAGCUUCACAGCGAAAACUCCUGACCCUAAUCAGAUGUUCGCCAUCUGAUGGUAGGAAGUUAAGUAAGAAGACAGUAAAGCUCCUUUCAGUCUACUUUAUUAAGCUAGUUGGGAUAUUGUGAUCUGCGUGCUGCUUUUUCACGUUGCAGUGCAAUGCUCUGUUCAUCAGUGUAGCUUAUUAUUUUUAAUUUUUUUUUUUUUUAACCUUGUAGUUAUUGUAGUAUUAAUUUAAACUUGGGCGUAUACACUCCCCAGCCACUUGGUUAGAAACACCUGUACAUUUGUUCAAUUCUCCAGUCAGCCAAUCAUGUGGCUGCAGCACGGGGCUUUAGUUGAUGUUCACAUCACAUCAAACAUCAGAAUGGAGGAAAAUGUGAUCUCGAGGACGUUGACUGUGGCAUGGUUGUUGGUGCCAGCCAGACUGGUGGGAGUAUUUUUGAAGCUGCUGAUCUGAGAUUUUCAUACACUGAAGUUUCUAGAAUUUACACGGAAUUCUAAACUUCCAGUGAGUGUCAGGUUUGUGGGGGGAAACGUCUUGUUGAGGAGAGAAGUCAGAGGAGAAUGGCGCAAGGUUGAUUUUAAACUGAAAGGAAGCCCAUGAGCGACGGCGUAGCUCAUUCCGGCCCCGUCUAGUCCAGAAGGAACGAUCUAAAGUGGGCCACCUUGCACAACAAAUGUUGCAAGCUAUAUAUAGAAGCUAUAUGCACCCUAGGAAUACCUACCAGUUGGCCAGAAAGAAUCCAAAACGGCGAGGAAUUAACCGAGAAGAAGCGAUUUUCGUUGAACUGCUCAUUAAGGCUUGAUUUAGUCCAUAACUUCAUUAAUAAUUGUAAUUAAGCAAAUCUGGGUAGAAGCUAGGUACCCCUACCUUCAUGCCAGAAAGAAUCAAAAUCGGUGAAGAAUUGAGGGAGAAGAAGCGAUUUGUGUGGAAACUGCUCAUCAGGGCUUAAUUACUCCACAUCUUCAUUAUUAAUUGCAAUUACACAAAUUUGAGUAGAACCUAUAGUAUAUACAUCCCAGGCAGACCUACCUUCCUGCCAAAAAGAAUCAAAAUCAGUGAAGAAUUGAGAGAGAAGAAGCAAUUUUUGUGAAAUGUGGAUGGCGGACAACACACGAUGGUAUAAACUCGUCAGCUGGAUGAGCUAAUAACCACUCUACAGCGGUGUCUCCAGAGGACAGAUGUUCAGCAAAACAUCAAACAUCACCUCAUCUUCUAAAAUGUUCAUCUGUCCAGUUUCACUGGACCUCUGCCCUCUGUAUUCUCAGCUUCCCGUUCUUAGCUGAGGAGAUUGGAACCCAGUGUGGUUCUGCUGCUUGUUGUAGCCUAUCUGCCUCAAGGCUGCUUGUGUUUUCUGAGAUGCUUUUCAGCUCACCACGAUUGUCGAGAAUGACUGACUACUUUAGACUUUGUGUCAGCUCAAACCAGGGCUAUGGCUUUUCCUGUUAAAGUGGCUGGUACGUAUAUGUUUCUUGACCCUACCAUUGGAAAUACUUGGAGACUUUUAACGCUUGAAAGAGUUGCCAGGGGUCACAAGACGUGCUUCCCCCCCCCAGUCUGGAGGAAGAUUCUAUCUCCUUAGCUUCCGUUAGGUUUAUCUGCAAGGGAAAAUGCCUAUAAAUGUAUAAGCAUUGCACGAAUUCCAUGAAAGUCCAUGGCCCAGAACCAAGCUGAAGUUAGGCUUCAAAUCACGUACUCAGCCUUAGGGAACACUGGAUCACCCCAAAGCUAGGGUUAGACAGAUAAAAUAUCUACAUUUUCAAUAUUUUGCAGUGUUAGUGUCUCAGAUAUUGUGGCAUAUUCUGACCAACAAGAGUCUUUAGCUCACAUUUUUUGUUGGCCAGCUUCCAUCUAACUGCCUCCAGGGUGUUCGAUGCCCCCGUCUAACUGCCCCCGCCGUCUGCAGGGGUGAUUUUGUAUUUCUGUAAGAAACUGUUAAUCGAUCAAUAUUCUGUGCUGGCGGUGUUUUGCCAAGUGUCUUUGGAAAACACAAAAUAUUCUUACCCGUGUCUUCAGUUUGCUGCUGAAGGUUUGGUUAAGGGGUGAAUUUAUUUCAUAUUUACACUUACCCUCAUAUUCACUGAAGUGCUCUUAUAUCCAAGCAUGCUUUAAAAGGUGUCUCAUCUAGAAAUCAGUGUCAUUUAGCAUGUAAAAAAGAAAAUAAAACUAUUCAAAUUAUUUAAUUUCAAAAAGGACAAAAAAAAAAAGUAUGAACAGUGGAAUAGGAUUACUGUGCAAAAGUCUAGGUGCAAUAUUUAUAUUUAAGGCAGUUUAAAUGGGAAGUACAAUGGUGUAGCGGUUAGCACUGUCAUCUCACAGCAGGACGGUCCUGGGUUCGAGUCCAGCAGCUCCUGGGUUCUCCCUGUGUCUGCCGGUUUCCCUCACAGUCCAAAGACAUGCAGGUUAAGCUAAUUGGUGGCUCUAAAUUGACCGUAGGUGUGAAUGCGAGUGUGAAUGGUUGUUUGUCUAUGCGUCAGCCCUGUGAUGAUUUGGUGACUUGUCCGAAGUGUACCCCGCCUCUCACCCAGUCAGCUGGGAUAGGGGAAAGACAGCUGUGAACGUAGAAGUCAUAACAUAAAGGAAGAAAAUUCCAUUCUACUAAAAGUAAAAAAAAAAAAAAUUGCUUGUUGUAGAAAUUAAUGUAUUGUUCAUUUCUAGUGAUUGUACUGAUGCAUCAUGGAGCCUUGAUAAUGUGUUUCUCAGGAGGCCCAAGACUUUCGCACAGUACUGCAGAAGCAUGUCUUAAUCAAUCAUUUUAAAAAUCUGCUCCCAAAGCACUCAUUUGUGCUUCUGAACUACUCAAUGUUGCGGUCAUCACGUGUGUAUGUGGGUUUAACACUGAGCACUAUGUAAAAAUCUGGAGGUUAGAGCGAAGCCAUCUGACCACUCACACGGCGGAGUGGAAGUCAUUUAAGCUACACCAAACUGGACAAGUUAUGUAGGUGGUGAGAGAAAUUUCAAGAAAAAUGCCUGGAUGGGCAGCAGUGAACCGUACAAACAAACAGUCAAGUGAAAGGUUGUGGACGGACGUUUCACGUGAGAGUAUUGAUGCGUGUGCGCGCACAGUGGCAUUUGUGUGGACCCCCAUAGCAUUUUAUGAUGGUUCACAAGAGCAAAAAGAAAAAAAAUCCAUCUCAACUUUGUUGAAAAUCUGAUGUUGAUAUUUGGGAUGAACAGUGCAUGUCAGAUUUUCGACGGAAAUGUUCCAGCCGAGAUCAAAGCCAACGUCUAGACACGCUUGAUAUUGAAUGGGAGAGCUCAAGCUCAAAUUCACAAAGAAAAACGAACUGGGUAAAUUAGCCUCAGUGGCCUAAAUGAAAGAAGAACUGUAGCCUUAGGUAGCACUGGCAGUGAUGGGUGCAAAUAAAGAGAGAUGUUAUUGUUCUAGUUUGGUCAGUAGUCAUUUUCAUUUAGCUAAGGCUAAGCAGAACUGAUUAUGUAGAUCAUCUACACGUCACAGCCACUUGCACAGAUUGACAAACUGGGCAUGAGUUUAGUUUAAACAGUGCAAGUACUCAAAAGCAGGAUUGAUCAUAUUUCCUGUACAAACAAAAAUAAAAUCUCCGUAAAAUUACAGUAGUAAAGGAGCCUUUCAAAAAAGUGAUCGGAGACUGAACCGGAAACGGGGGAAAAAAAAAAAAAGUAGAGCACAAUAAAGAUAUGUAAGGAAUGUUGGGGAAAUAAGAGUAGCUAAUGAAAAGGGGGAAGAGUCAGGAGAUGCUUUUCUUGGGGCAAAUUUGAUAUUGGAUACCAGGGUUCAACGCCUAAAACAAAUACACGUGAUGCAAGUGGUAAGAUGGCAGCCAGAUGGCUUCACUUGUCUCUACAGCGGGGAAUAGGCUAUGAGCUCUCCCGAUUUUUACUCAGAACGCAGUGGGUUUUAACCCUUAUGGUGAUGUUCCAUAUUCCAAAAACAUGAAAGCUCAUCUAAUGCAAACACAUUCUACUAAUCAGACCUGAAUAGACAAAGCGACUCAUGUUGCAAAAGCAAAAAUCAGCAGCAGUUAUAUCCAGCACUCAUUAAAUGCAUCAUUUGUGAAAACCUUGAAACUGCUUGCAUAACACAAAGGCUGUCAUUCCUGUAUGAAAUACUGUGCAUGUUUUUGCCUUAAAUGUGAAACGAUCCUUCUGACACUUCAGAGAAUAAAUAUAAAUGUUGAAA